AGCAAAACUGGGCUACCGUGAAAUUUUAAAAUAUCUGAUAAACUUGAGUUUAAUAUUUAACAUUGAAUUGCACACGUUCGUAUACGCUAGAUUUAUGUUGAAUAUGAUCAAUAUACAUGCAUUGUGUUUCGUUGUUCUUGUUGUAUUGAAUAUAACUAAAUCGGAUUAUAUUUCUGGGGGAGCAGCUGUUCUGCAUUGCCUAUGCCAGUCUGACGACGCCGGAUGUGCACGUGAAGAAUAUUCAUGCCCUACUAAUUACACACAGGAAAACGACAAUGAAAAUGUGUGUUUCCGCCUUCAUAUUUACCCGAACAACAGUUUAAACAGUUCCGAGGGAAAAUGUCGGAUAGAAAGCGUCAGGUUUUUUGCUGCGAACGAAUCAGCCAAUCGAUUCUGCUGUCAUGUGUGUGAGGAUUUCAACGAAACAGAUGUGUCUUUAUACAAGUUGGAUAACAAUGACGAAAGCAUCAAAGAUUGCCGUAACGCAAACGAAUAUUUCCCGGGUUGUAAUACCACCAGCGAAACGGGAUGUUUAUUGGAUAGUAACGGUACAGAAGAAAUUCUUAAAUGCUUAUCUAAAAAUGGAACAGUGAUUGAAAUUGAAAAUGCAACAGUUAUAUGUGUACAUAGCAAUAAGUCCAUUGGUGAGGCGGAAGGGAAGCCAGAAGAAUCAAAUUCGUCUUGGUAUAUUGUAUUGGUAGCCGUUCUUGUUGUUAUCGCCCUUGUUAUUGGAGGAGUUUAUUAUACGCUGGUACGAAGGAAGCAAAUGGUUACUAAAAAAUUGACUCGAACAAAACACGACUGCGGUGCAAUUUACACAUCACUUGCUAAAGAUGCUGAUCCAACAUUUGGCCAAGCUUAUGAACAGCUGGAAGCAAAUCAACGUCAACAAAGUCCAUGUGAGGGUGCCGCAGUAGAUAUUGCAGAAGAUGAUGCUUAUUUAGUGCCAGUGUCCCACAAGGGCAAGCAAUUUCGAAGCAGUAACAUGUCAUCUGAUACGCAAGAGGAGUUUAUUGAUACAGACAAUGAUAGUAUCAUAACUUUAACGCAAUUAGAGUACGUCAAUACAGAAGACGAUAGUGACAGAACUUCUACCCAGAGAGAGUACGUCAAUGACGAUGAUAUCAGAACGUCUACCCAAGAAAAUUACGUUAAUACUGAAGACGAUACUUCUAAAAAAGAAUAUGUAAAUACACACGACGAGACAGUUGAUUCCCAAAGCGUUGUGUCGGAGUAUUCUACGGACCAUUAUGAGGCUAUGGAUGAAACCGCAUAUGUACAAUCAAAGCGCUGAAAGCGCUGCAAGACUGUCGGUGACGUAACUGAAGCAAGCAAACACUACCGCAAAGUUCUUUCAAAUGAAACGUGAUCAAAUGAUUUCAUACAAAUGAUGAACACUCUUUAAGGUAGAUGAAGAAGGAUAAAUGUGAUUAUAAUAAGUACAAAUAUAUUGGCCCUACUUAAUCAUGUAUCCAAUGGCCUACAAGAUUCUUAAUUCAAAUUUCCUAAUUUUGAACCGCUUUAAAUUAGUUGAAUGCAUAUUCAUUAUGUUAAAAUUGCUUCAAUUUAUGACGUCGCUUAUAACAGUUUCAGUAAGCAAUUACAUUCCUUAAUUUCAUUAGGGUCUGUUGAAGCCAAUGUCUUUAAAAUGCAAAUACAAUACAAACUAUACCCAAGAUUCAAUGGACAUAAUAAAAAUAUAACUUUAAAAUGAUGCUCUUUCAAGCCUAAAAAUGCCUCCCAGAACUUCUAUCAACAGAGUCCACAUAUCUACAAAAUUUGUGCUCGAGUUACUUUCUUUGAUAUAAAAGUGAAAACAAAUCUGCAUGGUGCUGUGGCAUCAUACCAUGAAAAAAACUAAUAUCUUUAAAAUUUGUUUUCUAUUUUGUUUUUAUUAUAAAAGUGUUAAUAAAUCUGCAUGGUG